UCUCUCUCACUCUCUCCUCUCUUCACAACCAAGGAGCUUUGGAGAGACUCCUAAGAACAAAGCUAUAUAUAAACAUUGGAGGAGUCUGAAAAUUGUGCGAACUUGAACUGGGAUUUAUCCUCUUAAUAAUCUGGAAAGAAAACUAGCCUUGUUCUUGACCACCGGGCCAGGUGACAGUCUUAGGAGAAUCCUUUAAGUCCAGCAAUCGUAGCUCUCCAAAGUCUCUCAAGCCGCAGCCACCAGAAUGGAGCUUCAAAAGAUGAAUGGACACAGCAGGGACGACGGGUUUGAUGGGCUGGAUGCCUUGGCCGAACAUGAGGAGUUUCUACCACAUAAAACCAGCGUCAAGAAAGCAACCCACUUUACAGAUUUCGAGGGAAAGACUUCAUUUGGCAUGUCCAUCUUUAACCUCAGUAACGCCAUAAUGGGCAGUGGAAUUCUGGGAUUGGCUUUCGCAAUGUCCAACACCGGAAUCAUUCUUUUUCUAAUCCUGUUGGUGUCCAUUGCCAUUCUGUCUGCGUAUUCAAUUCACCUCCUACUGAAAAGUGCUGGAGUUGUCGGCAUCCGUGCGUAUGAGCAGCUGGGAAAUCGGGCUUUUGGUGCCCCGGGAAAAAUGCUGGCAGCAUGCAUCAUUACAAUGCAUAACAUAGGAGCAAUGUCCAGCUACCUCUUCAUCGUCAAGUCUGAGCUCCCACUGGUUAUUCAAGCUUUCCUGGGUAGACACGAAAACACAGGAGAAUGGUUCUUGAAUGGAAACUACUUGAUCAUCAUUGUUAGUGCUUGUAUCAUCCUUCCUCUUGCACUCAUGAAACAACUUGGUUACUUGGGCUAUACAAGCGGCUUCUCCCUCUCCUGCAUGGUGUUUUUCCUAAUUUCGGUGAUCUACAAGAGAUUCAACAUCCCAUGUCCUCUGGAUGAUGAACAUUAUAACGUAACUCCUAUUGCUGAUGACCACUUUGUCAGUAAUGAAACGGAUGCCUUCUGUGACGCCAAACUUUUCACCGUCAACUCACAGACAGCGUACACCAUCCCAAUUCUGGCCUUCGCUUUCGUCUGCCACCCAGAGGUGCUGCCAAUCUACACUGAGCUCAGAGAUGCCACCAAGAAGCGGAUGCAGAAAGUUGCUAACAUCUCCAUCCUGGCCAUGUUCAUCAUGUACCUGCUAACAGCUCUCUUUGGUUACCUCACCUUUUAUGGUGCUGUGGAGUCAGAGCUGUUACACACCUACAGUCGAGUGGACCCGCUGGACGUCCUGAUUCUCUGUGUGCGUCUGGCUGUGCUGGUGGCCGUCACUCUGACCGUCCCCGUGGUUCUUUUCCCAAUCCGAAGAGCCGUGCUCCAGAUCUUGUUCCCUCAGAAGCCGUUCAGCUGGCCCAUACACAUCAGCAUCGCAUUUUGUCUCAUUUUUGUGGUCAACCUGCUGGUUAUCUUCGUGCCCUCCAUCCGUGACAUCUUUGGCCUCAUCGGAGCCACAUCUGCCCCCAGCCUCAUCUUCAUCCUACCAGGAAUCUUCUACAUCCGGAUUGUUCCUGACGACCAGGAGCCUCUUCUGUCCAGACCCAAGAUUCAGGCCGCAUGCUUUGCUGCAAUGGGAUUCAUCUUCAUGGUCAUGAGCUUGUCGUUUAUCAUCAUUGACUGGGUGUCUGGGGAGUCUAGAAGCGGAGGCGGGCAUUAGCCGCGGUGACUGAACAGAGAUACAACAAAAACAAUGCCAACCAAAGCUCUCCCUGUCAUUAAAAAUUACCCCUCAUCUGCAGUUCUCAACUGAAGCCAAACAGAAAAGUUUGGCCGCACAAGACGAAGGAUAUGUGAAGAACCUUCGUAUGCAACAAAAAAAAAAAAGAAAAAGAAAGCGUUUUGACAUGUGAUGGGGCAGGCGAAAGGCGCGGUAACGGAGGAGAAGCAUGAGAAUACACAGAUAUGUGUUCUGACUGAAUAAGAUCUAUGUCACGCCCCGCAGUACAGAUGUUGUUUGGAGGCAUGUGUAAAGACAGAAAAGGGAUGAAUGGCAACAGCAUGACUCAAAUGGAAGUCCCGUUUUAGAGUUUGGAUGUGAACAGUUCUGUGGAAUAGCUCAGUCACUGCCAAAAUCCCUCUAGUCUACUUCCCUAUAAUCUCAGAUUUUACAGGACAGAAUUAUGUGUCGUAAGGCAAUCAUUUAACCAGGACGUUUUUUUUUUUUACAAAAAACUAUUUCAGCUUAUUCAACCAUCAGUUCUUAACAUUAUACAUCCAGGACUGUAAAAUCUGCUGGUGUAGUGUUGUCCAAGGCCCUGUCUACACAGAAACAGAUAUUUUUGAUAUUUUCCUCUACGUUUUGGCCUCAUUCACACGCAGAUGGAGAUUUAAAUCACUAAAACAGAAUUUUCUGCAGAUUUUUCAAAACUUGCACGUGCAAACUGUUGCUUUGUUUAAUGAGCAUACAAUAGAAACAACAAUGACAAACCACAAGUUUGCUAACGUUUUGUUAGCAAUGCUUGGUCUAAUAAACACUUGCUGCACCACUUCAAGGACAAACAGAGGCAUCUGGGCGCCUAAUGUUUUUGCUCCACCUCAGCGUCUGCAGUUUAAAGUCCACCAGAAACAAGGGUUUUGAUGAGCCCUGAUAUAACGCAGCAAAUCUUGUAUUUAAUAUAAAACAGUGGGUUUUUUUUUGUAGGGCUGCCCCUUGAAAGAAAAAAGAUUCAUCUGUACACUUUGUGACUGUUGUAGACCGCUGAAGACAAGCGUUUGCAUUUUGCGUUGUAAUGUGGAUGCAGAUCUUUAGGGGAAAAAAAUUGUGUAGAUAUAAUUUUCUUUAUUUUAAAAGGGGAAAAAUAUCUGUAUACAUAUAAACAGGGCCUAAAUCUCCACAAACUUCAAAGAUUCAGCUAAAUAUAACCAGUCUGCAGUUUCACACUAACCGUUUCAGUCUACCAAAAUACAAAAACGUGGUGUUAAAAUAAUGUUCUUGAUGUGAUAUUUGUGUUAAACUAUUCUGACACUCGACAUGUGUGUUGUAAAGAUGAUCGCCUUCAAACCUGAGCCUGAGGUGAUCUCUUAACCAAAAAAACAACAGAGACAGUUUUGGUGGUGUUCGGCUGCUAUCCAUGAAGGUGAAACAGUUACUGACAAUCACGGGAAUAAACAGACAAAAAAAGAGGUGGUUUGUAACAUUUUUGAGUUUUAUGUAUUACUGAAAAAACAUCCUUUAUUGCAAACCAAAGAAUAUAAAUUUGUGUCGCCCUAAAAUAGGGUGUAACACACUAUUUUUUAAAAAUAUUCGGCAAAGGCCCAAAAAAUUCAGUGUUAAAAAUGCUGUGUCUGUUUCAGCAGUCCCAGAAACUGUUCAGUAUGGUGAAUAAUGAUAAUUUUGUUUUUUAAGUUAAAAAUCCAUUUUGUCUAUAAAUUUUGACUAAAAGAUAUUCUGACUUUGUUAUUCAUCCUGUACAUUUUAAAUUAAUUUCAAUGUCGUUAUCUGUCAAUAAAGUAUGUCUUUCAUUUGUA